AAACCAAAAUUCAUGGUCGUCUCUUACAGAGACUGCCUCAAGAACCACGCCGCCACAGUCGUCGGCGGCCACGCCCUCGACGGCUGCGGCGAGUUUAUGCCCUCGAUUACCUCCACGCCCACCGAUCCCACCUCUCUAAAUUGCGCCGCCUGUGGCUGCCACCGCAACUUCCACCGCCAUUACCACCCAUAUCCGCCACCCGAGGAAAUUGGGAUCGGAAAACGGGUGCUCAGAGUUUGGAUGCGUAAUAACAAAUACAUGGGAGGAAAAGCAGAGAAAAGCAAAGGUUCUGAGGAUAAUGAGUCAAAACAGAACACAUAA